AUGCUGCCGCUCUCUCUCACCUCCGAACUGCUCAGCGACACCCAAAGCCUCGACCAGCUCUUUCCUGUCAGGGGAGCCCCCUGUGAGGCAGCAACACACGAAGGGGGACCCGGAUGGCAACCGCCACAUCAGGAGGAGAGGGAAGCGGAGGAAGAGAGAGAGGGGGACCAACGGGCAGCAGCAACGGCAGCAGCGGCUGCGGCAGCAGCUCUUGUGGACUCGCCGGCAACAGCAGACACACCGAAUUGUCCCCAAACAGAGGAGGGGGCUCCACCCCACAAGAAGUUAGCGACAUCCCAGUCGUCUCCGUCCUGCGCCAGAGCCAAUGCUCAGCAGCAGCAACAACAACAACAGAAACAGCAGCAGCAAGUGAAGAGUACGGCCCCACGGGCGCCCCCACAGAACCCUUCAGAUCUGCCACCUCUGCUGCCGCUGCCCCCCAACCCUCUGCUGCAUUAUGGCGUCCUGAAUCAGCAGCAGCACCUACAGCAGCAGCAGCCGGUGUGCGGCAGCACGAGCAAGGGCGAGGUGCCUCUGCCGCCGCUGCUGGAGACGCUGAAAGUCCAGCCAGCGCUCUCAGCCACGACUGCUGCGGCUACGACGGAAGGGGUUCCAUUGAGUCCUGGCCGAGGUCGGCUGCUGCCCCGUGCUGCAGCAGCACAAGCAGCGAGCAAAAAGCCAUCUCUCAUGGGCCCUGCGCCAAAGCACCUCAUGGGGCUGCCGAAGCCUCCCCCAGCGCCUCCAACGACACCGCCCCCUCCGCCGCUGCUGCCCAGGGCAAUUUCGCAGCAGCAGGGGCUGCUGGGGUCUUUGCCGCCACUGCUGCCCACUCCAAUGAGGCCGUGCGUGCCUGCACCGCCGCCGCCGCCGCCUCCCCCGCCAGAGCCGGCAGUCCCCGCAGUCCCCGCAGUCCCCGCAGUCCCGCCUGUCCCGGCAGUGCCACCGGUGCCGGCAGUGCCAGCAGUGCCGGCAGUACCCGCAGUGCCACCAGUGCCCACUGUGCCGCCAGUACCCACUGUGCCGGCGGUGCCUGCAGUGCCGGCAGUGCCGGCAGUGCCGGUUGUUGCGAAGCCCCCGCAGACGCCGCCUGCGAAACAGCCCUUGAUGUCGUGGCCUCCGCCCACACCGGAGCAACAGCAACAGCAGUUGCUCCUGCAGCAGCAGCAGGAACCCACUGCAGCAGCGGUUGCAGCUGUGGCAGCAGCUGCGGCAGCCACAGGUGCACAUAUCCCACAGCAAGCAGCAGCGGCCAUGCAGCUACAGAGCUCCAUGUGGGAGGUUGCUGCAGCACAACAGCAGCAACAGCAGCAGCAACAGCUGUUGCUGCUGCACGGCAGCAGCAUCUGGCCGACAGCAGCAAGUGGUGCUUACAUGGACCCCAUGAUGCAGACUACCUGCUAUCAUCCGCUCCUACAACAGCAGCAGCAGCAGCAGCAUCUGUGGUACGCAGCAUCCCCUGCGCAGCAGCAAAUGCAGGAGCAGCUGCAGCAGCAGAUGCAGCUAAGGCAGCAGCUUCAGCUUCAACAGCAGCAGGACCCAGCAGCAGCUGCAGCAGCUGCAGCUGCACUGGAGGCUUGGAACGGGGCCUGCCUAGAUCCAAGAAAGACGACGGCGACAGGGGCUGCAGCAACAACAGAAGGGGGGCUGAAUGCGCAGCAGGCGCGCCAACUACAGGAGCAGCUGCAACAACAGGCGCCUGAGCAGGAGCAUCAGGAGCGGGAGGAGCAGGAGGAGCAACAGGAACGGGGGGACGGAUACCAAGAGCAGCACGAGGAGCAUGAGCAGCGGCGACUCCCUCGAUCUCAGAAGAAGCUGCUCACACGCGAAAAUUAUCGUCAAAAGAAGAGACAACAACGGCCGGAAGAGAGAAGAAAGCGACGGAAGAAAAGAAACGAGCAAAUAUUUGAAGGGCUUGUUUCUAGUGAGGAUAAAUCGGCCGCUAUGAAGGCCCAUAAGGAACGGCUGCAAAAGGAGAAAGAAGCAUUCCAGGUGCAUCUAGAGGAGUGCAUGAAGGAUGGUGUUCGGAUUUGCUUCAAUUGUUCGUUUGAUUCAACAAUGCAAGACAAAGAAAUCCGGAGCCUCGCCAAGCAGCUGUUUCUGAGCUAUCACCACGUGAAGAGGACGAAGGACACAAAGAUUCAACUUCAUUUGUCUUCCUUCGUUGAAGGCAGUCCGUGCCGUGUUGCAUGCGAGAACCUCUUCGCUGGGAACUCGUGGCUGGUGCACAGACACGAGGAACCCUAUUGGCAGUGUUUUUCCCCUGAUGAAAUAGUUGUCCUUUCGCCGGAUGCUUCCGAGGAGUUGUUGGAUGUCGACCCCUCAAAGGUUUUCGUUAUUGGAGGUUUAGUAGACAGGACUAUCAGCAAAGGUUUGAGCUUUUCACAGGCAGAAGAGCUCGGUCUGACGUGCCGGAAGCUACCGUUCAAGACGUUUCUGCCUGAGAAACAGCGGGUGGUGUUGAACGUAAACUCUGUGCUGGAAGCUUUGAUGCUUUUCCUGAAAAACAGAAACUGGGGAGAAGCUCUCGCGGCUGUGCUUCCAAAUCGCAUGCAAGGGUCCUUCGGUCGAAAACAACAAAGAAUAUUAAAGAAACGAGCAAGAGUGGAGGAACUCUCAAGGAUUGACGCAGCUUUCGCGGCUGCUCAAGUGGCAAGGAGAGCGCGGGAGUCUCAGUGGUGUUGUGGGAGAGGCAUGGCAGAGAAAGUAGUAGGGGAGUGUGAAGAUGCGUUUGAAUCGGGAUUUGGAAUUGAAGCUCUCGAAUUCGCGGCAUCUGACACGCGUGCAAACGGCGCGCCUGAAGACGCUGUGCUGCCUGCAUGUGAAGCGAAUCCUUUGCUGACUUAA